AUGUGUGGCAAUGAAGAGCAGAGCACCAAAGAAGACGUGAAGAAUUUAUUCAGAACAGCCAGCUCUUCGAUGGAAAUUGAAGAUAAUCCGGACCAACUACCUACAACUGAGGAACCCGAUCAAGGUAUGGAUUCUAGAGAUUUUGUGAAUCAAGAAACAAAGAGACCUUUAGAAGAUGAAAAGAACUCCAAAAAAGGCAAACCAACGCUGAAAAUAGAAGAAAAAGGAGAAAACAUGCUUGAUAGCAAAAAAGAUGGUAUUUAUAUCCAUUGUCAUCCAAAUGGAAUCACUGGCGGUAUCCCUGAAAACCAUCAACUAAACGAUGUGGUAUGUGAUUCUCAAGACAGCGUGAACCGAUUCAAAGGACAGGAGAGCCAGAAAGCUCAUUCGAAGGACUCAUCUCGAAUUUCUCUUGAACACAAACUACCAACAGAAGAGGAAAAUUGUUUUAGUACGCUAGAGGAGUCAAAGCUGGAGAAAAUCGAAACAACAACCAGAACACAAUCUGCUGAUAAACUAAGCCCAAGAAUCGAAAAAGGUGCAGGUGAAUCGAGCCUUUGCACCAACUAUGCAGAUACUGCUAUUGUUACCUUUUCGUCUGCACCAGUGGAUUCGAACUCAACAAUGCCACAAAUUGACGAUUUACCGCCAAUCCAACAACAUGGUGAAACAACAGAGACAACUAACGCAGAUGAAAUCGCAGCUGUAAGAUCAGAGGAGAUGGCCCAAAGAUGUAAACGGAGGAAAUUCGGAGCUAAAGUAGAGGAAGAUUUCUUCUAUCAGCAAGGCUCUGUUUUAGAUGGUCAUGAAGACAGAGAGGUAGAAUUUAAGUCUCUAGCAGGUGCCAGCCCUGGAUCACUCAGAUGGAAAGUAAUGGAGAAGGCAAAAAAGUUCAUUUGUGGCUGCUUAAAUGCUGAUAGGAAAGGUAUAAUAUAUUUCGGAGUGGGAGACUCUCAAGAACAAGGCUCGAAAUUCCAACAUGGAGAAAUUAUUGGACUUGACGUUGAGAAUGUCAAAGACGAUAUCAAUAAAGCCUUCCAAGAUGUUCUCGACCACCACAUAAAAAGCGACGAUAGGCCGCUUCAGAAAGGCGGGGAACAAAAUUGUAUCAAUAUCUACUUCAUCCCUGUGAAGAGCACGCAGAAUUCAAUUGACCUUUAUGUCAUAGAAAUCGAGGUGGCUCGAAACUUUCUUUAUUGUAAAGAAAAUGUAUACUACUACAAAGUUUGGAGCGAAAAGAGCGAGAGCAGGGACUGCACUGGCAAGACGGGCUUGCGAGACUUUUUCAAAGUAAAGGACGAGUUUGUGGAAGCUGCAAUUCGUACCAACGGCGCGUCUUGCUGUGUUAAGCCAAAUGAAGUGAAAUGGCAAAUACGAGACCCCUUGUCUAAAAGGUACAAGGAAUGGAAACGGGAUGUCAAAUGUGGAGUCAGUGGUUUAACUUCUGAUGGUCUGAUCACUAAUGACGGUGACCUCCAGAAGUUCAGCACGAUAGUCAGAGAGCGUUUACGUGACCUUAACUUUCAAGAGUAUCACUACAUUCUUGUUGCCAACAAGCUGCCUCCAGAGUACAGAGGGACUUCAAAGUUAUCCUUUUUGCAAAACAUUCCUUGGGUGGCCGUAUUCGAUCUGUUCGAUGCUGCCUCAAAAAAAGAUGGCUUAUACUUCUCUUGCAACGAAGUGGGCGACGGCGCGCGUGCAAACGUCAAGACCCUCCACGACUUUAAGGAUGUGUCCCCAAGUUCCAUUGGUGACAGGGAUUGUCCCCUUUCGUUGAGAUGGACCACGUGGAUUUUAAAACAGCCAGAUAGAAUGGAAGAGGAAGACUGGAUCACAUGUUCAAAAGACUGCUUGUACCGAACCCUAACUGCCUACAAGCAGAGCUUUCCCUCUGGACGACUGAUUUUUGUUUUUCUUGGAUUUGCAGAAAAUGCCGUUCUCGAAAUGUCGGAUAUCGCAGAAAGCUGCUUCAGCAUACUUGGUGAGGAGAUUGCUAGCAAAUCUGUCACCAUUAUAAGCGAAAACAAACUGGUUGCUGAUGCUUUUAUCAAGGCUUCAAGGUCACCUCUGGUAAGAAAACAACUUAGAGAAUGUUCCAUCACCGGAAUAUCAUGGGAUCUACUAAAAGAAAUUGUUAAAGGGAUGGUGGGGCCUCUUGAGUUCCAAGAAAGAGGUGCUACCACAAAGCUUCCCCAUAUCACUGGCCUUAAAGACAUUCUCAACAAAGUUAUCAACUCCUGGGUUGAUCUUGAAGUGUACUAUCCCGAGCCUCAGGAUCGACUGCCUCGUUUGACUCAGGACAUCGAAAAAGUGAGAGAUGCCUUCUACAAAGGUGGACAGUGUAACCAAGUAAACCUGUUCUAUGACCACAGCAUUGAGAGGACCCUAGAGGAGGAAAUAACUCGAAAGAUUGACCAAGCCCUAAAGUCCCUCAGUGAAGCAAGAGGUGAUCGUAGUUGCUACGUCAAGACUGUGACUGUCCCCUACGAACCGGGAUCUGGUGCAACAACUCUGUGUCGGAGAAUUUUGUGGAAGAAGCGGAAGGUUUUCCGUUGUGCAGUUGUCAAGGCUAUCACAGCUAGUACCGAGUUUCAAAUCAGAGAACUUCAAAGUAAAGGUUACGAAAAGAUGAAAUCUAAUUAUGCACCUCCGGCUCUGGUACUUAUCGACAAUUUUCCUCAGAUCGACACUCAACGUUUGUCGAAGGGUCUAACCUCAAUGGAGACAAAAUGUGUCAUACUCUCCACAGUUCCCAUUGAAAAGUCAGGCACUGAUUUAUAUUUUGACAUCACGCCCCUGAAACAACUGGAUGAGACAGAAACGCAGCUUGUGAAGAACAUCUUGAUUAAUAUCACAAAAGAUACUGAAAAGAGGAAGAAAGGCGAAGAGGUCCUUGAGCGAGAAAAGCGAUUUAUUUGGUUUGGGUUGGAGCUUUUUGGAAGAGACUACGUCAAGAUAGAGGAACGGCUCCAGAAUCAUAUCAGUAGUACUUUGGCUAUCCUGGGAAGUUCCCAUUCAAUACACGAAAAGCUCCUCAACUUCUGCUGCUUUCUUCACUUCUACAGUAGCAGUCGCUAUAUCUUGCCCCAUCCCCUUGUGGUUGACUUGCUUAUCAAAGAGAGCAACAAUGGUGAGGAAGAGCAUCAAAGAAAAGAUCUCAUUCAUGACCUGUUUGGAGGACUUCUCCUAGAAGGAUUCGACGAGACCCAUGGGUAUAGCGGAUGGCAACCCGCACAUUACCUAGUAAGCGAAGUUGUGAAGUCAAGAAUGAAUGUUGAAGUCAUAGCUCUUCUACUUUUGGAAAACGCAGAGGGAGGAAUGGCCUAUGUGAACAAAUUUUUGAGACAGCAGCUCUUUCAGAUUUUCUUAAGUCGGAAGAGAAUUUCCGAACCAGUUUACCUUUCGCAAAAAGGAGGAACAGAUGACGACAUCAUUGGUUCAGAUAUUGAAACUGAUCUCUUCGGGUUUUAUGAAGUUCGCACAAGGUACUCCCCCUUGAUAUUAGACAUACAGGGACAAGGUGAUGGCAAUCGCAGAACAUUAGAAUUUCUCAUUGCGACUUGCCAGAAGGCCAACCAAACUGAGUAUAAAGCGUACGCCUGGCAACAGCUGGCAAGAUUCAUGGGCUACGAGAUGCGGUCUGAAGAACUUGAAAGAACCGAUACCUUGCAUGAGCGCCUUUACAGUGUCAUGGAAGAAAGUAAAGUGGGAGACAUCAGAUUACCUAGACCUAACACUGGCAUCGAAGCAGCGCACAAUGCUGUGGAUAUUGCUAUUAACCAGCAACCAAGCUACAGUCAUCAUUAUACGACAAAAGGCGUUCUCUACGUUUUACAGCUGAGAGAUUACAACGAUCAAGAUGGUGUUAAUCCUAUGUCUCACCUUCCCGAUGUCAUUCAUAUUUGCCGUAAAGCGCUGGAAGUGUAUGAUCAAGCAAUCAAAAUGAUGCUGUCCCUCAACUACUACUCAAUGAUCGGGAAAAUUCAAGUGAUCGUAUUGCUGUUAAAAAUUGUGAAGGGCUUACCAUGCUUUUUUCUCGACAGUAGCCUUUUUUCAAGUUAUUUAGAGAAUGGAGAGAUUCCUGAAGAGAUGAAAGAAGUACUCUUACCGGAAGACCACAACUACGUCCAGAGUCUCAGUCGAACAACGCUAGACCUACUGAACAAACUCUUUGGAGAUGUCAAAUACCGGCAGUUAACUUCGUAUGAUGAAAAUGAAAUGAGUGGUAUAAGCAGUGCGAGAAUAAGAGCUUGCAAGUUGCGGCGACAGUUCUACGAGAUUACUGGAUUUGACAGGAGCGAGCUAGUUGAUGUUGAAUUGCCGUUGUCGCCAGUCCUGAAAGACGCACCUGACCUCCUUCCUCAGAUAGUGCAAGAUACUCUUUUUAAGCGACGUGAGACAUCGUAUAGUGGGUGGUCUAACCUUGAUGAUGAAGUAGUUUCGUCGAUUUAUCGUCUUCUUAAGCCAGUAUGCUUAAAGGAUCAUGGGAAUCACGAUGACAUGGUGAUUUUCUCGAGGGCCUGCCUUCGACUACGAAGUGAAGAAAAACCACCAGUGAAAGAGCUCGAUGAUGUUGUUCAAAACUGGGUACAGAGGUUUCCAGGCUCACAGUGGGCACACCUGUUCAAUUGCAUGAUCCAUUUCCCCAUACCGAAUGGUAGUUUGGCACCGUAUGAUUCUAAAACAUUGGCUUCUGUUAAAGAAUGUCGUCGGAUUGCUCAAGAGAGAACAAAUUGGAAAGUUCGACAUUCGGGGGCUGAAUACUUCCUUGGAAAGGGAAAGGGCCUUUCCGCCAUUGUAAGUAGUCAAAGGUUCCCUACUCUUGAGAAAAAGUCGAAGACUAAGACUCACUUCUGGAGAAGCAAAGAAGUCUCCGACGUACUCUUGCGUGUAAGAGGUCAAAAAGAAGCAAAGGGCAUCAUUAUUUAUCAUGGAAUAAAGCUUCGCUUUGACGAUAUGCUCUACCCCAAGCCAAGCAGGGACAACCUAUGGUUUUACGUUGGAUUUUCCGUGACUGGUCCUUAUGCAUUCGAUCCAAUAGACGAAGACACUUAUUCUACUAUAAAUGGAAACCCGGAGGAGAAGAAGCAGAUGAAUGAGAUGGCGGUAGGAGGAUCAAACGCCAAUUGUAACAGUGUUUCUUUUACCGUUAAUCAAGAUGGCGACAAAACGACUGACUUUGAGGGCGGUGUACGGAGAAAUUCAGUCUUGAUGAAGGAAGAGCCUCGUGUUGUGCUUAGUAACAUGCCCUCUUGCGCAAAAUCAGAAGCCUCUCCUGCGACGCUUCCGGAAGUUGUAGUCACAGAAUUUCAGAUGGUGUCCGCCGAAACAGCCUCACCUUCGUAUGCAACCGCCGUUAAAUACGGGGUAGAUAAAGGAGGAAAGGAAUCAGCAAGGUGUCAAAAUAAUCCACCCGUGGCUGCGCCAUCUGUGUCCCAAACAGUCAGCAAACUUAGCACUGUCGUGGGGAUACAGGGUCAAAAGAAGCACAAAUUUCAGCCAAAGGGAAUUGAUGACAAAGGAAGGCUUCAUCAUGGGGUGUUGGUUCUUGGAGCGUUUAAGUCCAAGGAGUGCGACACUCAUACAAACCCUAAUUCCCAGCUUCACGAUAUCGAUCGUUGUACGUUUGCUCAUUCGUGGCGGGGGGAUACUCGCCAGUUUAUAUGUACCAGGUGCACGCAGGAUGAGAAGAAAGUUUGCCGACAAAGAAAGGAACAUAAGCAAUAUAUAUGGGACCUAGGCCCCUAUCUUAACGAGGAUGGUAAGAUCUGGGAAGAAUCUUGCUCCUAAAGUAAAAUUGGCUCAGUCUGCAUGGAUUCUAAAUUCCUGCACUUUCCCCCUGCGACAUGUCGAACGAACAAUUGCUCCCAAUCGCAGUGAUGAGAAUUUGUCUACUGAAAUCAUAGUCAAAGACCGAAGGGAAAGCACAGGCAAUCCUCAACUGAGCUGUUUAUACAGGCACCUUCAAAUUCACGUUAUUGUGAUAACUUUAUGUCAUCCUAUCCAGAACAAAUGCAAUACUAUUCGGUUCGCUGAUGUACCGCGUCUGGCUGUAUUUCUUCUUUUCCCUGUUCCCUCUGAGCAAAAGACUUGACCACCUGUCUUCAUCUUUACAGUCCUGCUGCCCUGGUCAAUAAGUCCUCUUAGCCACAGAGAUUCUGACAUCAUUGGUCCAUACCAAGGCGCUGAGAUAAACUCAGAUUGAACAAAAAGCUUUGUUUCGUAAGUCAAAGUGUUUUUAUGACUUAGGCCGAAUUUGGCAUUAUUUCUCAGCCAAAUUGCCAUUUACUAACGUCUUAUUACGCCAAAAGAUCGCAAAAAACUGCACGACACAACCGAAUGGCUGAUGAAGUUGGAAGGAGACUCCAAGAAACUAAAAUUUCAAGUAAUCUUGAAUAAACACUUUCUGUCAGGUGAUGGUCGAGUGAAAAGUAUCUUCAGCCAUGUACGUUUUUAUAGGGGGCCAGAAUUUCAUAAGAAUAACAAACUUUAAUUAGAGAUCAACUGUAUAUCUCAAAGUUUCGAAUGGUGUUAGC